UAGCUGGCUACAGCCCUCGCUGGUCGAGUUAUUCAAUAAAGCAUUUGGCUACGGCCACAUAAGUACUACACUAUUUCAGUACCUAGUCACCUAUCCAUCUCCAGACAUGUCCUUAGGUACCGUCCCGGGCAGCCGGCCGGAUCGCGGGGCAUUGCGUGCACCGACCGCACUGUACCUAGGUACCUACCUGUGCAGUGCAGUGGGCACAGCGGGGGCAGAACAGCGCCCGCAUUCACUGUACAGGUGCUCACCCCACCACCCACGCUCCGCCAUCCCACCAUCCCGCCUGUUCUUGCCCAUCAGAUCACCCUCCCCUCCAAACCUCCAAACCUCCAAAACAGCCGACUUAUUCAUUGCUAAACUUAUCUAGUUUCAAGCCUCAUCUCAGUACUCAACUUUUCAUGAUAGUUAACGGAACCCCCCUAUUUUCCACGUACGACGCACCGCUUUCCCUUGACUAGUUAUUAAGCACCAGCCCUUGUGCUAUACUACCAGUAACGCAAAACCACUAGACGGCGUGGUUCAUCACAUCAGCUGCCCUGUCCACGCGCUCCUAUUUCGAUAUCCAAUAUGACUGCCAAAAUUCCGCGAAAUUUCCGGCUCCUGGAGGAGCUUGAAAAGGGAGAAAAGGGCUUGGGUGCAGAGGCUUGUUCGUAUGGCUUAGAUAACCCGGAAGAUCUUCUAAUGUCGGACUGGAACGGCACCAUCCUCGGCCCACCUCAUAGUGUUCACGAGAACCGGAUUUACUCAGUCAAGAUGCACUGCGGUCCCCAAUAUCCUGAUAGUCCUCCCACGAUUCAGUUCAUAAGCCAGAUCAACCUACCCUGUGUAAGCGCGAGAAACGGCGUGGUUGAUCCAAAGCAAUUACCAUGCCUGGCAAAUUGGAAGCGAGAGAACACCAUGGAAACUAUCCUGAUUGAGUUACGACGAUACAUGGCCUCGAGUCAAUGCAAGAAGCUCCCGCAACCGCCUGAGGGCUCCGUGUUUCCUGGAAAUUAGUCGGUGCGCACGUGUGGCGCUGGUGGAAACGACGUUGCUACGAGAAAUGAAUUACGCCCCAAGACGCGGAUCAUCACCUUGAUGGAGGGGCGAAUCGACAGGAGUUAGUGGCAAGGGUGGGAUUUAGAUAUCACGAAAAGCUUUCCCAUGUGUUUUUCCUGGGUUUUGUGUAUCUGGAAGCAAUGGAUGGUGUCGGCAGGGUGAACGAGUGCAACACUAUGCGCAGUGGGUUGGCACAGACGAGAACUUACUCGCCCACAGGCUCUAACUUCAGUCAGGGACAGGUUGUCUCGCUUCCCGCCCUUCUUCCUCAACUGCGAAUGAACUCAGGAGACCAUUUGUUGGUCUCACAACAAUGAUACAUGCACUUGCACGUGGUGAAGCCCUACACAGUGAAUAAUGAAUAUGAUACCGUAUGUACAUAGUUACGUGGACAUGUGUAGGUAUUGUAUUUUCAUUGCUCUAGCCCAGGCUACCGGUACGGUGAUCGGCAUGAUUUGGAACCUGUCGGCGCUAUGCCACAACUAACAGGCGGAUCUGUUCGGCC